CUGAAACUAGUCAAAAAUUGUUCUUAUAAUUUUUGCUGUUUUGUAAAAUUUGCUUAAAGAUCCUCAAAAAAUACUUGUCUUUUAACAUUUUAAAGAGGUUUUAUACCCCCAUGGCCUCGAUAAGUAACUUUCUUGGGAUGUGGGUCAAGUUAGACUGCGGUAAAUUAGGAAUUUUCGAAGGUAAAGUAGCAAAUGUUGACGAUUCGCAACAACUUCUUCUCCUGAACGAAGCUCGUCACAAUGGACAAGCAGUUCUUUCCAAUGAAAUUCAGAUCUGUGCUAAAGACAUUCAAGACUUGGAGAUAGUUAAGAACCCCUCUGAUUCCACAACAAAUAGUAAAAAAACAGGGGUAGUCAGUCAUAACCAACUGAUUGCCGAAGCCACCCCUACUAAAGUAGGGUCAAGUCCAGGAAAACCAGGAAGAAUGAAAAAAUCCAGUACAUAUCCAGGAGACAGAAGCACAACUCCAAAGAAGAAUCAGGAGAGCAAACAUAAGUCAAUGAGUGCAAGAAACAAGGAAUGUUUUGGACAAAGUAUAGAUGACAUUAAAACACUGGAUUUUGACUUUGAGGAAAAUCUUGCUAAAUUUGAUAAAAAAGCAGUUUUUGAGGAAUUAGAGAAUUCAGGUGUUGCUUUUGUCAGAAAAGGGUUCAAGGAAUCAAAUCUUAAAUUAAAACACAACGAAAAUGUCUUGGAGCAAGAACCAGUCAUACAAAGACAAAUUUGUGUGCCUCCUGAACACAGAGGGAAGGAGUUUGUCACAGAUGUUGGUGUUGCUGUUCCUGCCGUUUCCAUGGAACUCAAAGACUUAAUAUUUGAAACCUCAGAACGAAUGGGAUUAUCAAGAGAACAGAGAAUAGAAUGUGCAGGGAUGUGUGCUUUUCAAAUGGCUGUACAAGUUUUAGGUGGAUCUCAGAGAUUUACAAAUAAUAUUAAUGAGCGUGCGAGUGUGGUGGUGAUGGCAGGACCACAUCUACAAGGAUUACAUGGAAUAUGUGCUGCUCGGCACCUAGCCAAUAAAAAUAUUCAAGUAACAUUAUUUAUUCCUCGUAAGACUCAAGACCUUAUACCACAGCUUGCUUUGUAUAUGCAUACAGGAGCAGCACUAGCAUCAUCRGUCAGAGAUUUUCCUGAUCUCCCAGUGGACCUGGUCAUAGAUACAUUAUCAGGUCAUGAGCAGAGCAAACAAGUAUUAGAACAGACCCUGACGGCAAUAGAAUGGGCCAACAACAAUAAGGCCCCAGUACUCUCAAUAGAUCCCUGUGAGCACAGUGCAUCAUUAGGGCUGGAAGUGAAAUGGUCGUUAGCAUUAGGCCUGCCUCUUGUUGGAACACCGACAGCAGGACGGCUAUUCCUAGGGGAUGUUGGGAUACCAAAGGGUGUGUUUUCAGCAGCUGGAGUAACUUAUGUGUCACCAUUUAGAGACAAAAUUGUAGUUGCCCUGGAUGAUUGAAAUACAGAGAGAAAGAAUAAGGGAGGUCAUGAUAUAGCAAUACUGUAGUGUACAAUAUAUGGUCAUCUCCCCCCUGGACUGUUAUUGUAUACAUUGACUUCCAGGGGGAUGCUGUUACAUGAGAAGCAUGAUGAUAUUCCCUCCUCUGCCCUCCCCCAGCACAGCCAUCAAGUGCAAUAAGACCUUGUAGGGUCUAUGAAAAGUCAUGCUAGAUGCUAUAUUCACUAACGAAAGACGUGCCCCCCCCCCCUCCCCCGAACUAAAAUAAACGUUUUACAAACCAUUGCCAUUGCUAUGUCGGCCGAGAUGGUAGUGAACUUCUAUGCAUUACAAAAGAUUCAAAAAAGAAGAAAAAAAAAAGGAUCUAUUAAACAAAUAUGAAAAAGUAAAGUCAAAAAUGUAUUUUAUAUCUUGCAAAAUCCAAACGUUUCCACAAAACAUUUUUCUUUUUUAUAUUUUCCAUUUCGAAUUAUAUCGGAAAUUUUAUCAUUGGACUUUAAAACUCAAAAACUUUAUUUUUGGAGAUAUUCUCUUGAACAAAGAGAAAGCAAUGCAUUCGUGGAAAGAUGACGAAAUUUUCAAAUUUAAAUGAAAUUUGAAAUUACAUGGGAAAGUUGAGUUGGAAAUCCAGUUUUAGCUUACGAACAAGAGUGUUGAUGUGUUUGUUCAUUCGUCUGUUCGCUGUUAGCGUUUGUUGUCAAAAUAUUUUUAAAUUUAUACAAAAACUGGAUUUUCCUAUUCACUCAUUGAGUGAUUUAACCAGAACUAAUUGAGGCAUCCGCAAAGCUUAUUGACUCGACACAAUUCUCUUGAACUUUGGUAAAUUAAUUGAACUUUUUGCACUUGACACUUAAAAUUUUUCUUUGUUUACAUUCUGUGCAUAUUUUGAUGAUUUCGUCGUUAUUUUGUUUUCGAACUUCAACAAAAUUUUUGCCUACUUUUCACGUUUUGAUUGCUAAAAUGAAAAAAAAAAAACAUUUUUUUU